AUGGCACGCUUGUCGUCGGCCGACAUUCUAGGCACAAGCACGAUACGGCCGAUCAAGAGGACAACAACAUGGUUACCGGUGGAGUUUGUCAAGUGUAAAAGCUUGAAGUCGAAUUCGUUGCCGUCGGGUUGCAAGAGUUUGACUGGAGAAGAGGAAACGUUUCGGCCGAAUAGCUCCGUGAGUACGACAUCGGCCAUUAGCGCGGGUUCUAGCACUAGUCCAGAUUCCAUCACAGAUGAGUUGACCAAGUGCUCACCGAAGAAGGUGCAAAAAGCUUUGGAAGGGUAAGUAUUUGCUUCUUCAUUUGUAUUUUCAUGUUUAGGCAAGGCUCGUUUUUUAAUCUUCAUAAAAUAGCUCUACUUUUGGAUUUUACAAUAUUAUGUUAGAUCGAUUAAAGUGUGAUCUAAACUAUACGAUUUUCUGUCUCACAUGAUAAUAUUCUUUUUAUUUUCGUUAAUUUUAAAGAAAGAGCAGAUGCUCACGUCGCAGACUUUUUUAUUUUAACAAGUGUCUGAGCCGUUUUUUAUUUGAUUCGAGCGUAACCAAGGUCUAUAAGUGAAAAACGAUGUUUUACGAACAAAACGCAACGUUUUAGGUAACAAUUAGCAAAACGUAUUUUAAAAGAAACUGUUUUAAAAAUUUAUAAUUUAAAACAUAAAAAACGUUAUUGAGGAUCAACUUAAAUUUAGGUUUAAGUAUUUUGUUUUAGUUUAUUUAAAGUAGGCAUUCUAAUUUUAGGUAUAAAAUAAUAUUUUUAGGAUAGGUUUAUUGGUCUAACUUUAAAAGUUAGGUAUUAAAUUGCUUUGUCUAUUAUUAUUUAAAGCAUCUAUUAAUAGAUCGAAAGUAAAUAUAAAAAUUUGAAUUAUAUUAUUUUAGGUUUCAAAAGAACGGGUGGGAGAAGGAAUGCCGGAAGGCGCCUCAGAUCAAGAUUCAUUUGAAUGGGUCGUCGUCCAAUGGCAUUGCCAAACAGUCAGAAGUCUAUGGACCAGUCACGCCCAUCAAGAAGGCUGAUUUGAUGACAGGAACGCUGAAGAAUGGAGUUAGUUCUAACAAGAGUCAGAAUGGAAGUCCGGUGAAAAGGCCAGAACCAACUAUUCAAAAGAAGGUUGAAAAUGGUGUGGAUAAGAAGAAGGAGCUAUCGCCGAAGCUAAAGGAACCUUCACCAAAGUUGAAGGAACAAUCUCCAAAAUUAAAGGAACCGUCGCCGAAGUUGAAGGAGCCAUCUCCAAAGUUGAAGGAACCAUCUCCAAAAUUGAAAGAGACGCCUCCAAGACUUAUUGGUCCACAACUUCCACCCAAACAUAUCAGUAAUGGAGGUGAUGCUGACAAACCGACAACAUCUAAAGCUGAUUUGACUCCAACGAAAAGCGAAAACGGCAGUCCAGUCAAGCGAACAGAGUCUCCCGGCUUUAUUGGUCCUAGGAUGCCUCCGAAUUUGAAGAACGGUGAUUCCACGCCUGGGCCAAGUUCAGUAAAGAAGUUGACUGUAAAGCGAUCGAUGGAGGACGAAGGACCUUAUUCAUACGAUUGGGCUGAUGUUCCACUGAGGGUGAGUUGUUUGUCAGUUGGAUUGUGAAGGUUUUUCUUGAAUUCUAUUAUAAGUUUAGGUAACAAAAUAUGUAAAGCAUGGUGAUAGGAGUAGUAAUUUAGCUUUUGAUUGUGAUAAACUUUGCAUUCAAAAAAUUUUGAUUUAUUUUGAAGGUUUAAUUGAUUAUUGUUUUAGACUAAACACGGGCCAGGCUUCUUCAACUCCAGAAACGAUUGCUUUAUGAACUCGGUGUUGCAGUUUGUGUUUCACACACCACAGUUAGUGAAACUAUUCUUGAGAACCAAACAACGUAAGUGUUGUUUUCUAUAUUGAGAUUUUGGGUAACAUUCUUAACUGACGUUUUGUUGAGUUAUCGAAUAAGAGUUUAUAAUUUAAAGAAAGCUCAACGGGUUUUUAUUCUUUUUAUACCUUAUUUUUGCUUUUUAAUCUUUGUUGUACCUAAAACCUUAAUUUUUCAGAUUUUCAUCAAAACCCGUGCAUGUUCUGCUCUUUGCAAGGUGUUCUGAAUGACAUUAUCAAUAGGAAAGUGAAGAAAAUGUUUUGUAAAACAGUCAAGGAAGUCGUACGAGAUGGCUUCCCCACAUUGAAAUGGCUGGAUGCUCAAGAAGAUGCUCAUGAGAUGUUGACUUUCUUGUUUUCAAAGUUGGAACCUCCAAUAGAAACCAGAAGAAGCUUACCUAACGGCAAGAAGCCACCAACUGAAAUCGACAAGAUAUUUGGAGGUAUUUUGAGCAGGAGAAGUAAGUAUUUUAUGUUGAUGUUGUGAUUUUAGGUAUGAAACAGUGCUUUUGAUUCUUAUCAAGGGUUUUUGCCCAUUAGCGCGAUAAAAGCAGUAUAAUUAAUGCAAUAAACUUAUUAUAAUAUGUGUAAUGUCAUGUUUAUUAUACGUUUGCCAAUUUCAGUGAGCUGUUCAAACUGUAAACACAGUAGUUGGAGUACGGAAGAGUUCCGAGAGUUCAACUUGAAUUUGAACUGUGCCAAUCUGUUCCAAAAUGAUAACGCUAAGCUACAAUAUUUUGUUGACGCCUAUUUCAAUCCAGAGAGAAUGAGGGACUUCAAGUGUGAAAAGUAAGUUUGGCAAUUGUUUUUUAUCAAGAGAACGUUAUAUUAAUGUAGAUUUUAGUGGUACGAUAUUAUUUUUUACGUCAUUUUGGUCAUAAUUAUUGUUUUUCCUGGUAUUUUUGGCCAUUUCAGCUAUAUUGAUAACUAUUCUGUCGUAUUUAUCUAUUAACAACUGCAUUUUUCAGAUGUAAAGCCGUCGAUACAUCGACGAAGACCUUCUCAAUCCAAGAUGCCCCAAGAGUGUUGGUGAUUCAGUUGAAACGCUUCAAGCACACUGGAUCCAAGAUUCAGAUGCCCAUUUCAGUUCCACACGAAUUGGACUUGACGGGUCAUACUAGAACGAAGACCAACUUGUCCUACCGGUUGUACGGCUUCAUCAACCAUUAUGGAGCCACCACGAACAGUGGACAUUACACAGCAACGAUGAAGGGCUUCGAUGGAAAUUGGUACUCGUUUGACGACGAACAGGUAAGGGCUUGUUUUUGGUUGGAUUUUAGGUAAUAAUAAGCAAACGCCUGCCACUGGUGGGGUUUAAUUUAUCUUUUUUUUAGUAUUUCUUGAUUAUUCAUUUUUUAAUAUUGAUUUAUAUUGUUUUAGGUCGAGCAAACCAGAGUGAACCAAGUCCCUACCCAAUACCCGUAUAUUUUGUUCUAUGCCAAUAAGGCCUUCACUACCAUGAAGCCCACGAUGAACGGCUUGCCUUACAUUCGGUAUGCAAACGGGGCUCCACCACACAAAAAGAUGGCCAUCCAGAUCAAACAUACCUGGUCGCCCAAGAUCAUCACAUGA